GGGAAUUGGCUGGGUCGUGAGCGCGAGAUGGCAGCAGCAGCGUCAGCGUCGCCGGACGCCGCCAGCCCCGGUGGUCAGGGCCGGCGCCAGUACGCCUCCAUGUCGGAGUACUGCGCGGACCUGCGCACCUGGAUGGCGCAGGUGCAGCAGGCGCGCUGCAUGGAGGCCAUGUUCCCCCUCUGGCUGUCCAGGCAGCUGGCGAGCGGCACGGCCCAGCACCAGCCCAGCCCACAGCCUUUUGGCUUGGGUAAUCAGAGGGAGCCGCCACCCGCCCAGCCGCAGAGAGGUAUCGAGUUCCGCAUCCCGCCGCUGUGGAAGCGGCUGGUUGCCGAGUUGGUCGACUUCUUCAUACUGAUGAUCGUCAAGUUCGCCCUCGCCUACAUAGCCAUCGACCAGUUCGAACUGAUAGACCUGUCCAAGUACGACGUCGACACGCUGGUGAAGGUGGCCAGCGGCGGGCAGGGCAACAUGAACUACACGCUGGCCAUGGAGAUGACGUCGGAGCUGCUGCUGCUGGAGAUGGUCAACCGCGUCUCCGUCUGCUGGUUCGAG